AUGCCACCUCCAGUGCGUCGAGUACAGCUGCCACGGCAGGCAUUGCGGUCGUCUACUAUACGCCCGGCCGAAGCCACAUGUCCUCGUCAAUUCUCGUACAAGCACCCUCGCCAGUUCCUCAUAGCUCAUCCAGGCUCGUCACGGCCUCAGCUGCCAUUCCUCUAUCCUUCAGGCCAGCACCUAUCCAGCGGCCAAGUCGCACGACUGUUCUCGAUAAGCGCCAACCACAAGAAGUUCAUCAAAGAAACUGCGAAACUCAGCGUUCGAUACUCGAUCCUCAUAUUUCUCGUCUCGUCAUGCCUCAGCAUCGCCGGUAUGGGCAUCCUGAGUGAGCAGCAGGAGCGCGCGUUCCCGUCGCCGCAUGAAUGGAGCUUGAUGACAAGGUUUCGCUUCAGAAGAGGAAGAUGGUGGCAGGUGGACGAGAACAACGAAGAAGAGGGUUUCCCCAACUGGGCGCGCGUCUACGAUGAGCUUGACCUUGCGCUCGGUCGAUUGGAGGAUCCAGACAUAGAUGGAGCCGGCCUCGCCGAACAGGAAGAGGGAGGAAUCCUGGUCCCUGGUGUUGGUAAGGCAGGAUUCGACAUAACUGCCAAGAGCGAGGAAUGGAGGCAAGGGUAUUACGAAGUACUGAUAGGCAUGGCUGCAGCAGCAGAACGUCUGGAAGGAUGGGUCACAGACAAGUGGAGAAGGAAUGUUUGGGCGCCCGAGUUUGUCGAGUCGAAGAUCAACCUACGACCCAAAGCCGUGCUGCCGGGUAUGCCAGAAGUACCAGAUGAGGAGAACCGUGUGUCCGCUAGCGACCCACCGGAGACUUUCUACUUGAAAAUCAUCACAACCAAGGGGUUUACCACAAAUCAACGUGUUACGGCUGCCCUUGGCUAUGCCGACUGGCUGAGUUUCAAGAAGCUGCCUGACUCCGCCGAGGAGAUGUAUCGCUGGGCGCUCGACAUCGCCAUGUCAGGUUUGCCGACCGCCGAUCCUUCAACAGUCAUUGACCGUCAGACUGCCGUGCUGUCUGCGACUGCGCCGAAAGAAUUUGUCACUCCCAAUAUCGUGUACGCGGCCACGAAUUUGGCUACGUUCUUCGCAGCGCAAGGGAAGGUGGGCGCUUCAUUGCCUAUUCUCGUUUCGCUUCUCCGCGCUCGUCUCUCUGCCAAAGAAGCGCCAGUCGCGCCAAACAACAAUGCAAAGGACUCGAGUUUGAUGGGCACGAUACUGAGUUUGCUGAAAGAGCCAGCUUACCCGGCAGUGCCGCCAUCCGGAGAUGAGCCACUCAUGCGCAGCGAGAAGGAUCGUUGCGAGGAGGCCGCCCUGAAGAACUACAUCGGCGAGAUCCUCUUUGCUACUGCUCGCUCUUCAGAGCAGCGUCAGCAAGGGCUGUCCUGGAUCCGUGACGGUGUAUCUACUUCGAAAAUUGCGCAAAGCCUGGAUCCGAUCAGCAGCAAUGAUGAGCUACGUAAGAAGUGCGAACAGUGCGAAGAAGUCGGUCUUGAAGCUUGGGGCAAGAUCAUGACAUAUCUUGCAGCAGAUGCUCGGGAGAAGCGGGAUGCUGCCGUCAACGGGGGCCUUCUGACAAGAAUAAUUUGGAAGAUCCGUGGCACACAGAAGCUGGAGGAGGAUGUCGAAAGCUUGGAGGGUGAGGAGGAAGGUGUGGUGAUGAGGCUGAACAAGCUAAGAAGUAAGAUGCUGCGCGAUGAGUACGCAGAGAUGGAUCGCAAGUAUGCGCGUAUCUUCGUCUUCUAG